GACUCUUCUCACUCUCAGGCUUCUGUUCAUGUGUGCUCCACUUUGAGCACGUUUACAUUCGUUCUACCAGCAGCACCACUCGCUCAUGCUGCUCGAUAUGAAGCUCCUUUCCGUUGUUUCUUUGCUUUCUUUGGCCUGCACUUCCGUGCUGGCUGCUCCUUUGGACCAUGAAGACCACAGCAAUUUGGUGGAACGCCAAUCUGGCAUUGUCGUGGUCACCGGCCCGCCAGGAAACAUUGAACCCCGAUUUGAGAUGCGUGAUCUGAAGGCGAAAAGACCGGAACAGUGGACGCUCUUCAUUCUCGCAAUGGACCGAUUCAAAAAACAGUCACAGGGCAGCUCGACCUCAUACUUUGGCAUUUCGUCCAUUCACGGUGUGCCCAGGACGAACUACAACGGUGUCGGGCAGUGCAGCUCAUGCGGCGGUACUGAUGGAUACUGCACACACGACUCGAUACUCUUUCCCGCCUGGCACCGUGUCUACACCGCUCUCUUCGAGCAGGAAUUCAUCAAGAUCGCUAAGAACGUUGCCAACUCCUUUCCAGCCUCGAGAAGACGAAAGUAUGUCGAUGCGGCCAACAGGAUUCGCUUUCCAUACUGGGACUGGGCGAUGCCUACCUCAAACGGCCGUCCGGCGCUACCGCGUAUGCUCAGCGACUUCUCCGUGACGGUCGACACACCAAACGGCCGACGGACGAUCGACAAUCCUCUCUUCCGCUACGAAUUUACGGACACCAGCGGUCUGGUAUACACCCCCUUCCUUACAUGGCGACGAACCUACCGCUGGCCGAGGGACAACAGCGUCAACGCCGUCAGCAACAACCAACAAUGCGGCCUUGCCUUUAGCCAGGUUCACCAGAGUCUUGCAGACCAGGUCUACAGCCUUCUCACGCAGUGCUCCAGCUACCCAGACUUCAGCAACGACGACUCUCGCGCUAGCUCGAGGCAAUGCUCGACCAGCCUGGAAGACCUCCACAACCUUAUCCACAUAACUGCCGGUGGCCCGGGAGGUAACGGAUUCUCUGGUGGACAUAUGACAUACCUCCCGUUGGCUGCUCACGACCCCAUGUUCUGGGUACACCACGCCAUGGUCGACCGCAUAUUCGCCCUCUGGCAGAUGAUCAACCCCAACGCGUACGGAGGCUCCCAAGUGGCUCCACACAGCACGUGGACAAUCCCGCAGGGCUCUACACAGGACGAGAACUCGCCAUUGAUGCCAUUCUACCGCGACACCAGAGGAAACUUCUGGACGAGCAACUCGGUCCGUGACUGGGCCAACACAUUCCGCUACACUUAUCCGGAGAUUGCGGGUGGCCGCAACGGCGUUAUCGCGGCAGUCAACAGACUUUACGGCCCCAAUGCCGCGAACCGCAAGCGUGAUGCCGCGCCUCAGGUCGGUAGCAUUCUCCAGGGCAUCGGCGGAACUCCCAGCAACUCAGCAGACAAGAGUGCCAACAGCGAUACUUCCAACGCUGCUACUCCUAAUAAUGCUGCACCAGCCGGCGGUGCUGUCGGUGGCCUCGUAGGCGGUGUCACUGCUACUGUUAGCGGAACCAUCAGCGGCACCGUCAGCGAUGUGCUCUCCGGCAACCCCUUCGCGGCCGCCAACGGUAGCCACUUCCAGUACGCCGCCAACAUCCAAACACCUCGCUACGUUCUGGGAGGUUCCUAUCAGAUCUUCUGCUUCAACGGAGAUCCAACCAUCGAGGACCCCACGCAGUGGAUCUUCGCGAACAACCUCAUCGGUACAAUGGGCGUCUUGGCCAAGGAAGGCAUGGAAGACAGUCCGGUGGUCAUCAGUGGCUCGAUCCCUCUCACGCGGGCCCUGCAAUCGUCCGUCAACACUCAAGGCGGCCUCCUCUCCAACCUGGCAGAAGCUCUCGUCGUGCCAUUCCUGGGAAUGAACCUGAAGUGGAGAAUCUGCGGUCCCAAAGGAGAGAACAUCGACCCAGCCACCCUCCCAGGCUUCGUCUUCGAGGUCGUCACGACCACCUACCAGCCACCGGCCAGCAGUGAGGAGCUCCCAAUCUUCUCCGACUUUGUACCUCUACUGGAUGUCACAUCGGGCAAACCAGGAGGUGCGAACGAGUCACUCUCGCCGCCUUCGUAUUAG